GUGACGCUUGGUGUUCUAUCAUACAACCGUCGAUAGUCGCGCCCAGCGAGCGCAGGCCCCAAGCACUUCCACUUUGACCCCUGGUUGCGCAGCUAAGCUAUUGUUAGCCCGCCUGCAAUCCAUGCUGCAGUCCAGCAGCGGGGCGCUGCAGCAGCGAGAUGGUCGCGGGCUCGGGGGCAUGCAGACUUGCACACACCCGCCGGUCAUGUCACCCUCCGGACACCGAACGGGUGGCUUGAGCCAGAGAUGCUGUGCUGCUGCUGCCGGCGGACGCAGCCGCAUCGCACCGCGGCGGCCCGACCUCCUGCGCUACGCAUCUUCUUCCUCAGGCGCCGCGGAGCCCAGCGCUGACCUAGGGCCCCUUAUCGGCGCCAGCUCCAAUUUCGCCAAGGAGUCCGGAACAAAUGGAGCCGUCAGUGACAAUCCUGCUGGUGUCGCCGUCAGCCCUGUCGCCGGCCCCAGCACUGACGCAGGCGCAGGUGCGGGCGCCGCGUCCAGCCGCCCGUCGGGCACUCAGCGAGGGAAUAAGGCUGAGCCCGACAGGGAAGCGGCGGAGGCGGAGACACUCGCGGCGGUUGCGAGGGUUCUGCAGCAGUCCAGGGCAGCCAGGGCCGCAGCCAUGGCUGCUGGAGCCAGCACCAGCAGCACCCCUGCCGGCGGCAGCAGCGGCCCCGCCCUCGGCACCACGCCGUCCACGACCGCUUCCCCACACAGCGGCAGUGGCAGUGGCAGCAGCACCGGCGGCACCAGCACCAGCGCUGCCGCCACGGGCGCAACAAGCAGCCGCACCAGCAGCGCCGUAGGCAAUCCAAGCGGCGCUGCUGCGCUGACAGGCGGCGCACACAUCCGCAUGCGGUCAUGGCCCCAAACACCCCAAAGGAGCCCGGAGCAGGAGCAGGCGGCGUAUGAGGCCAGGUCCAAGGCAUGGGUCAAAAACCAGUACAUGAAGGCCUGGAUAACACGGGACAGUAACGCGCGAUACACCGUCAACAGCCGGGCGAACUUUGCGGGCCAUGCCAACAUGGCAGUGUCUUACUUCAGGCAGAUCCUGGAGUGCCGUCGGCUGCAGGCUGCGAGUGCCGACGGCAGUAGCUCGGGUGGCGGCGGCGGGAGCGGCAUUAGCAUCAGCGGCAUCAGCCCGAUGAAGCUGAUCAGGGUACUCCGGGCUGGUUCGCGGCCGGAGCCGCAGGAGGUGGCGGCGCAGGGGCCGCCGGCUGACGCCCAAGCGGCGCUGCGCCGAGUGCUAUGCAAGCCCAAGAGCUGGAAGCUCCCCAAGGCGCGGCUGCAGGAACUGCCGGCCGGCCUGGCGCCUGAGGAGGUGGAGGCACGCGCCUGGACCUGCCUCACCCUGUUGGUCGACCGCGCCGCCGUCUUCAGCCUCCUGGAGUCCAGUCCGGCGGUGCUGCUCCGCAGUGACUUCAAUACCACGCUGCAGCACCUGCUGGAGCUGGGCGAGGCUCUUGGAGGGCCGCUGGGCGAUGAGACUGCCCGCAAUGCUGCUGGUGGCGGCGCCGGCGGUGGUGCUGGCGGCGGAGGUGGAGGUGGUGCCAUGCCAGUGGGCAAGGUGCUCCAUCUGCUGGCGCUGGGCCUGUCGACGCAACUGCCGACGGAGUGUGUGCGCGAGCGGACGCAUGCCCUUGUGGCGACGCUGAAAGGGCUGGGAGCAAAGGAGCCCAAGCAGCUGGCGGCCGCAAUCAUCGACACCCACCCCAGUGUGCUGAACCAUCCGCCGGAGCACCUGUCCCGUUCGCUUCACGAACUGCAUCACCACUUCCUGGACUGGCCCACCGGCCGCAAGAUGCGCGAGGCCCGCUACACGCCCAGCCAGGACGCGGGCGUUUGGUUGGCGCGCUGCUUGUGGGGCGGCGGCGCGGAUAUGCUGGAGCGACUUGACUACGCCGCCCACCUGCGCAACCUCGCCGCCUCAAGCCGCAGCUUCACCGCGUGGUCCUCGGUCACGGACUCCCAAGGCGCCAUUGCGUACGACCUCGGCAGCGCUCGCAGCCUGGCCGUGGCGCUGCUGGCGCAGCAGGGGCUGGACCCCACGGCAGAUCCGCACCUGGUCCCAGACGAGGUGUGGAACACGGAGCACGCGCAGCAGUGGAAGGAGGGGCGGAAGGGCGUGCUGGGUCGGCUGCGGAAGGAGGAGGCGCGGCGGCUGGCGGCGUGCGGGCUGGCCCCACUGCCGCAGUAGGUAGCUGGGGGCGCGGGAGGAAAGGGAUGGGCGAUGUUGGGCGGCGGUGUGGCGAAAGAGGAGCUGGAUAGAGAAGGAAGCCAGACCAUCAAUACGAGGCAUGAUUGUGUUAAGCUGUGGCCACCUUGGCUUCGGGAGAAGGGCGCUGGCUACGGGGGGUGAGACGGGCUGUCCUGGUCAAGGAGCUGGCUCGCGCCAGGGUGUGUCCAGCGUGGCGUGCAUUACUGACAGACGCUGGGAGGCGAUGGAAACCUGACCUGCUAUGUUAUGUGCGUGAUGGCCUUGAUCAGUACAAACGAAUGUUUGUGCGCGCAUUCGAUGCGGGCCGCUGGGCAGUGGACUGCUGCUGCGUGGCACCUUGAAAGUUGAUGUCCA